GCGAGCUCAGGCCGAUUUUGUGCUGGAGCGCGCAGAAAGGCCACUGAGGAGAAUCCGCGGAGGGCGAAGCCGCUGGGGCUGGGCAGGUGGGGCCGGCGCUGCGGCGCCACUGUGUGGGCUGCCGCCGUCCAGGCCGAGAAGCACCGGGGACGUCUCCGUGGGAAGCCGGCGGAGGACGGCUGAGGUGAAGCCCGGCCCCCGAUGUUCGCGGCCGCUGUAAAGCGCAGACGUGAGCGGCGCGGGUUCUUGCAGGGCGAAGGCCGAGCAAGCCGCGUUCCGACGCGGCUCCGGAGCCCUGGCACGGUACUCUGGGUGCCCGCUCCCCUGAGGCGCUGAUGUGGACCCUUACCGCGUCGGCGCGCAACGUUCCGAGCCCGGGCCGACCCCCGCCCCGUCAGGCUGCUGCAGCCCGCAGCUUGCGGGCUUAGACUUUAAAGAUAAAGGAAUGUCAGGCUCCUUUGCAUCGAAGACCUUCACUGCACUUUCAGAUCUCCAUCCCAACAUGGCUAAUCUGAAAAUAAUCGGUAUAGUUAUUGGGAAAACUGAUGUCAAAGGCUUUCCAGACAGAAAAAAUAUUGGAUCAGAAAGGUACACCUUGAGUUUCACUGUGCGGGAUUCACCAGCCCACUUUGUAAACAUAGCAUCCUGGGGCAGUGAAGAUUACAUCAGGUCACUUUCUGACAGCUUCAGGGUUGGCGAGUGCUUGAUUAUUGAAAAUCCCCUGGUACAAAGAAAGGAAAUGGAAAGAGAAGAAAAAUUCAGGCCUGCAACUCCUAGCAACUGUAAGCUCUUGCUCAGUGAGACUCAUUCAAUUGUAAAAGUCUGUUCCAGUUAUGAAGUGGAUACCAAGUUACUUUCUUUGAUACACUUACCUGUGAAGGAGUCUCAUGAUUAUUAUUCACUGGGUGACAUUGUUGCAAAUGGACAAAAUCUCCAUGGGAAGAUUAUUAACGUGCUGGCAGCAGUGAGGUCGGUUGGUGAGCCAAAAUACUUUACAACUUCAGACCGAAGAAAAGGCCAGAGGUGUGAAGUGAAACUCUAUGAUGAAACAGAGUCUUCCUUUACAAUGAUAUGUUGGGACAGUGAAUCUAUCCUACUUGCACAGAGCUGGACGCCACGAGAAACAGUAAUAUUUGCCUCAGAUAUAAGAAUAAGUUUUGACAGAUUUCAGAACUGUAUGAUGGCAACUGUAAUCUCAAAAACCAUUAUUACAGCUAAUCCAGAUACACCAGAAGCUAACAUCCUACUGAACUUUGUAAGAGAAAAUACAGAAACAAGUGCUCCAGAUGAUGAAAUAGACAGUUAUUUGAAAGAAUCCAUAAAUUUAAAUACAAUAGUUGAUGUCUAUACAGUGAAGCAAUUAAAGGCGAAAGCUUUGAAGAAGGAAGGAAAAGCAGAUCCUUUCUAUGGUAUUCUUUAUGCUUACAUUUCUACACUGAACAUUGAUGAUGAAACAACAAAAGUAGUUCGAAACAGAUGUUUGGGCUGUAGUUACAUUGUAAAUGAAGCAUCCAGUGCUUGUACAACCUGCAACAAAGACUGUUCAGAAUUUCAGUCUGUCUUUCUAAGCUUUGAUAUGCUGGUUGACCUCACCGACCACACAGGCACCCUCCACUCCUGCAGUCUCACUGGGAGUGUUGCUGAGGAGACUUUGGACUGCACGGUAAAUGAAUUUCUAGCAAUGACAGAUGAACAGAAAACAGCAUUAAAGUGGCAAUUUCUUUUGGAAAGAAGCAAAAUUUACUUAAAAUUUGUUUUGUCACACAAAGCAAAGGGUGGAUUCAGAAUUACCGUGCUCUCAUGUAAGCUUGCAGAUCCUAUUGAGGCAAGUAGGAACUUGUCUGGACAAAGAAAUACUUAAAACCAUCAUUUUAAACUCUGGAAAAUAUAAGGAGUUUUAACUCCCUUUAAAGUGGAAUAUUGUUUGAACAUUAUGGAUAAAAUUGUAUUUUGAGCAAGUGUGCUAUAAGUGUUUCUACACGUUAUUGUUUCCUUCUGGAGUUGGCUUGGGGGAAGUCUCAGCUGGACUCACUUCUUAGAAGGCCUUUCCGCUGGCUCUGCCACAUCUCUUCCUAAGUUGGAAAAUGUUUGCGUGAUGAAUAAACAAGUUUCAUCUUUCUCACAGAUAGUUUGCUUUCUCAUUUUGAGCCAUUUUAUUCUUUGUCUUGUUUUCCUGAAGAAAGUCCCUGGGCAAAGUCGUGUG